AUGAUUCGUCAGCGACGAACACUUGAAGGCGAAAUAAUUCCUCAUCAAAUCUAUGAUAUGGAAUUACCACACUUACGUAAUGAUCAAUUAUUUUUUCCUCAACCAACUAUUGUUGAACAUAUUAUUAAUUCACGUAGUCCACUUUAUGGUUCUUUUGAUUAUACUGGUUUUUCAUGUCAUUUUCGUACAUCUUAUUUACCUAAUGAACUUUUAUGGAGUUAUCAAUUUCCACCAUGUAAUUCUACAUUAAGUGGAUUCGAUUAUGAAAAAUUUAAUCAUAUACAAUUGAUUGAUGCUCCUCAAUUUUGGAAUUAUGAAAAUGAAGAAUUGAACGAUAUAAGAACAUCUGGUAGACCCAUUAGUUCGCCAUAUUUAUAUCAUAUGAAUUUCAAUAGAAAAUUACAACAAGAAAAUUCAUUUGAUGAUAUUCAACCAUCUACUAAACGAUACAAUCGCUUAUUCACAGCAAAAUUAAUACCAAAUGAUAAUUUUAGACAUAUAACAACAAUCAAAUCAAUAGAUAUUGAUGAAGAACUAGAUGAAGUAGAAACACUUUCAUAUAAAUCAAGUGAACAAAAUAAUCGAUUAAUAAUCUAUCGUGAUUAUCAAUCUUAUCAAACUUAUCCUAUUGAAUAUCAAAAACAAGAAAUCAAUAAACAUAUUCAGAUUUUACAACAAUGGCUUGAAAAUAAUAUCGAAAAAGAUUCAAUUAAUGAUGAAACAGAUAUCUAUUUUGAUUGUGUUGACCAACAAGAAUUCGGCAACGAUGUUGUCAAUCAAAAUUUAGCAAUCAAAGGUCAAGAUCAUUUAUACGAUAAUAAUCUUGUUCAAAUAUCUACUACUGAUCAGUCAUGGAUCUCGGAGAUUUGGUUAUCAAUACAUCGAAGAACUGGUCUUUUACGUCGUUUUCUCAAUUGUUUUAAUCAAUCUAGUGAGCGAUCAUUAACAAAUAUAGUUGAAGAAUUCGUUCGUAUACACGGUGGAAGUUUUAAUCAUCCCAUUGGUUCUCGUUUUCAUGUAUCAGAUGCAAACGAGAAAUGGCUUCUUAUUUUAAAAAAUAUCAAAUUUGUCAAAUAUCCAAUAUAUCCAUAUCCUCAAACACGAAUUAUUUUAAUUCGUAAAGGUGUUUCAUUUAUAGCAAGAUAA